AUGGAUGGCGCCUCGCAUAGUCGAAGGCGUUCUGAUCAUAAUAUAUCAUAUAAUCAAACUCCUCAACACAGAUAUAACAAUUCUGAAAGAACAGAUUUCGUUGGAAUAACAAUAAGCGAUGAUUUUUCACAAAAGCAAUUACCACUAUUACCUAUAAUGAAUAAUGCUUCAUCACCUUCGCAUCCUUCACAACAGAAACAAAUUCCAUUGAAUUCACAACGUCAAAAUUCAUAUCCUCCAAUUCCAAAUCCUAUUCAACAAGAACCACCAGAAGGCCACAGUAGACGACGAUUAGAUAAUUACGUUCCAAAUUCCCCAUCCGGACAUUAUACUUUAUUACAAACCCCCACUUCUCAACAUCCAAAUGUUCAGCCUCAUCAACGGUCUUUGUCUGGACAUCAAUUACAACAAUCUCCUCAACAAAGUCAAUCAUAUUCACCUCAUUCACAUAAUAAGACACACCAACCUUCUCAUACUAAUUCUCGUCAACAUCGUCGCCCUUCCCAUUCACAGCUACAGCAAUCUAGUGGUCAACAACCACCACCUCCUCCACAACUUGCCCCACCCAUACAGAUUGGUUAUAAGUCAACAUAUUCUCCUAAUUCUCAACCUUCGUCACCGAUUGCAGUAACUACCUCACAAAAUAAGCCAUCUCAACAAUUAAAUCAAUCUCGAACGGAUUUUGGCGGUGAAUAUCGAACUACCGCAUUUCGGAAAGUCCGAUCAAUAUCGGAUUUGCGACCUCAACCAGCACGUAGAGUAGAAUCUUCGAAAGUCGUUGUCAGUACAUUAAAAGCGUUGACUAUUUACCUGACAUCAACGUACCAGAAUAUCAAUCCUCAUUUUCGGUACGAUCUAACUUACAAUCCACGUCGUGUUUUAACAAAACCAUCAAAAGGUGUAAAAAAUGAUGGUUUUGAUAACGAAGACUGUGAUUAUAUUCUAUACGUGAACGAUAUACUAGGUAGUGAAGAAGGGCAAAAGUAUCUCAUAUUGGAUGUCUUAGGUCAAGGAACAUUCGGGCAAGUUGUAAAAUGUCAGAAUUUGAAGACAAAGGACAUUGUGGCAGUUAAAGUUGUGAAAAAUAAGCCCGCUUAUUUUAAUCAGAGUAUGAUGGAAGUGACUAUAUUAGAGCUGGUAGAGUAUAAAGAAAUUUUUUAUGAUGCAUGGCUAAACCAAACAUGGGAUAAUCAAGAUCAACAUCAUAUUCUACGACUUUUGGAUACGUUUAUUCACCGUCGACAUCUCUGUCUUGUGUUUGAACUUUUGUCUGUUAAUCUUUAUGAACUAAUUAAGCAAAAUCAAUUUCGAGGACUUAGUACAAACCUUGUCAGAGUUUUUACUGCCCAAUUACUGGACGCUUUGACAGUGUUGAAUGAAGCACGUAUAAUUCACUGUGAUUUGAAACCAGAAAAUGUGCUGUUGAAAAAGUGUGUGAAAUCUUCUUUGGAGUCACCUACGAUUAAGGUGAUCGAUUUCGGUUCCGCAUGCCAUGAACGUCAGACAGUCUAUACAUAUAUUCAAUCGCGAUUUUAUCGAAGUCCUGAAGUACUAUUAGGAUUACCGUAUUCAUCCUCGAUUGACAUGUGGUCAUUAGGUUGUAUCGCUGUUGAGCUAUUCUUAGGAUUGCCAUUAUUUCCAGGUAGUUCUGAAUAUAAUCAAGUGUCUCGGAUCGUUGAGAUGAUGGGUAUUCCACCAGCCUAUAUGAUUGAAGUUGGGAAAACCGCCCACGAAUACUUUGAUCGUUAUAUGAACGAGCAUGGCCAAAAGAAAUAUCGAUUGAAAUCGAUGGAACAAUACAUGCGAGAACAUAAUACUGUGGAACAACCUUCCAAGAGAUAUUUCUCAGCAGGGACGCUGCCAGAGAUCGUUCAAUCUUAUCCGAUCAUGAGAAAAGGUUUAACACAAAAGGACAUCGAUAAAGAGAUGCAAAAUCGGUUGGCUUUUAUCGAUUUUGUACAAGGAUUAUUGAAUCUUAAUCCUAUAGAGCGCUGGUCUCCUCAGCAAGCGAAAUUACACCCAUUUAUAACGGGCGAAAAAUUUACUGGUAAAUUUACACCACCUAUGCAGAUUAAAGCAACUAAUAAGAUGGGAACGUCAACGCAGCCCAUAUCCUCAAAUUCAUCGAAUCCGACACCAAAUUUGAUGCAAAUCCCUUCACCCAUUAAAUACAAAGCAUCAAAUAAUUCUCCAAAAGUGCAGCCCAAGAAUCCUCUUAUUAUCGCUCAUGAUAUGCCUACGUUAAAGCUUUCGCAUGUUCCUGCUUCUAACAGUCAUGUACCACCUUCAAGGCAAAAGCCACAACAGCAGCAGCAAAUAUCAAAUAAGAUGUCUUCAUUAGCGCCAAAAUCUAGUAUAAGUUCAUUAAGGCCAAGAGCUAGUACAAUUGGAAAUAUUCAAAUUCCACCACAGAUACAACGAGCUGCAGCGCUUGUUACCCCAGGUAGUAUCGGAGCAUCACCAGUAGAACAUUCUAAAAAAGAUCCAAGACGACUGCCACAAAAUUAUCCUCAUUUACAAUUGUUGCAAGAACGUGAUCAACAACACGAAUUACCACAAUUUUCUGUGAUAGUUGAUAGUAACGAGAAUAAUCGUGCGUCUGAUCAGACGAAUAGUCCUAAUAAUAAUACACUAUCUGGUGGGAAUAAGGUUGACAUUCGAAACAGAGAUGAUGUUUGGCAAGACAAAGAGGGACGUAAUCAUCAAGAUGAGCGAUUACUAAAAGAUGAACGAAAUAAGUCACCAACCGUUAGCUCAAAUGAGGAUAAGAUCACAGAUAAUAAUACCGAGAAUGAGACGCUCAAGUCUAUGAUAAUGCCUGGUAGUAUGCCAAAUGGAGCUGCAGGAUUUGGAAUUUCAAGUGGUGGCUUGGAUGAUAGUAUUCUCGGAACAUCUGGACCUCCGUUACAUUUAACACAGCAAUAUCAUCAAAAAUCUCUACAACAACUCCAACAAAUGCAAAUUGAGCAGUCAAAAAACAAUACUCCAAAUAAUGUAUUGCCGCAGCAUCAUCAUUAUCAGCAGUCCGGGUUGCGUCAUCCGUCACCAUUACCAGUUUCUGUAAAUGUAGUUUCACCUAUUAUGACUCAAGCACAUCCUCGUCCUUCUAAUUUCCGUUCAUCUCCUUCAUAUAAUAACCAAUCUCCAUCAUCAUUUCGUAAUUCACCAAGCCAUUAUACCACACCUAGCACUUCACCAUAUAUGACGCAUUCUCAGCAUCAUCAGUUGCCGUUACCUGCGACUCAUCCACAACCGAAGCAGCAACAAAGUUCAUCUUCAAUAGCAUCAUCGGGAAAUUAUCAUCAUAAUUUGGCCCUUCCAGCAAAUUAUGAUCAACACAAUCUACAUUCACAACAAUCAAAUCGGAAUCAUCGAAUAUCCCCAUCUACUUCGCCAUCAUAUCCACCAAAUAAUCCGUCUUCAGGAUACGGUAUCCCCUCUUCGCCUACUUAUGAAUUACCUUCGGACUGA